AUGAAACUAACAUUGGUACAAGGUGCACCUGUCUCUGAUCCUUCAGCUUCCCUGCAGGUCCGUACGACAUAUGGCGGUGGUGGUCUAGGUAUCCUGGCCGAUACUCAACUCAUUGAGACACUCGCCCAUUUCCCUCGUGAACGCAUUCCUGAACGUGUAGUCCACGCAAAGGCAGCCGGAGCAUGGGGAGAUUUCGAAGUUACAGACGACCUCUCAGACAUCACUGAUGCCAAAUUCCUCAGUGGAAAGGGAAAGAAGACUCCUCUUCUUGCUCGUAUCUCGACUACUGCUGGUGAGAGAGGUGCUGCCGACACUGUCCGUGAUAUUCGUGGCUGGUCCAUGAAGCUCUUCACCGAGGAAGGAAACCAGGACUUUGUCUUCAACAGUCUGCCCGUCUUCUUUAUCAGAGACCCCAUCAAAUUCCCUAGUGUCAACCGUUCUCACAAGAGACAUCCUGUAACUAACAUUCCUGAUCCGGACAUGUACUGGGACUACCACGUCAACAACCAGGAGGGUAUCCACGCAUUGAUGCAUCUCUUUGGUCUGCGCGGUAUUCCUGCUUCGCUCCGUCACAUCAACGCUUUUGGUGUUCACACAUACAAGCUCGGCAAGCAGGAUGGCAGCUUUGUUUACGUCAAGUGGCAUAUCAAGCCUGAGGGUGGCAUCGAGAACCUCACGGCAGAGAAGGCACUCCAUCUUGCUGGUUCAGCUCCCGACUACCACGUCAAAGAUCUUUACGACGCAAUCGAGCGUGGAGACUACCCUACAUACACCGUGAACCUCCAGAUUAUGAAACCCAAGGAAGCAGAGGCUUCAGGUAUCAACAUCUUCGAUAACACUUUCACCUGGCCUCACGAGAAAUACCCCCUGCGUCAGAUUGGCAAGAUCACAUUCAACAAGAACCCCACCAACUACUUCCAGGAUAUUGAACAAGCUGCCUUCUCUCCUUCAACGAUGGUUCCCGGAGUGGGUCCCUCCGCCGAUCUGAUGCUCCAGGCACGCAUGUUCAGUUACCCUGACGCUGCUCGCUACCGUCUUGGACCCAACUACCAACAACUUCCCUGCAACAGACCUAUCAGCCAAGUCUACUCGCCCUACCAACGUGACGGCCCCGGACGCAUGGAUGGCAACUACGGCGCCGAUCCCGACUAUGUUCGCAGCAGCUACACCAAGCUCGCCCACGGCAGCCACGAACUCGCCACACACGAGCAAUGGGUUGGUAAAGUCACCUCUGCAUCAUCCGAUGUCACCGACAAGGACUUUGAACAACCUAGAAUCUUGUGGCACACUAUGCUCAAGGAAGAAGGUGGACGCGAGAACUUCCUCAAGAAUCUGUGUCCUCAUCUUGGUGGUGCUUCGGACCCUAUUAUUGAAGAGGCUAUUAAGAUGUUUGGCAGAGUCGAUGAGGGACUUGGCAAGGAUAUCCGUCAAGGUAUCAAGAACCACAAGGAGGGAAAGUCUAUUGUUUGA